CGAAGCCUAUCUUCUUCCUCCACUUCCGAUUAUCACCAUGUUCUUCAUGGGAUUCAGUAGAUAUAUAUGCUUCUUAAUUUCUUUUCUUAUAUAUUUGUUGUCUUUUGCUCUUCUGGUCUGUGCCUUGGACAUCAUCGAGCCAUCUGUGUUGAUCCAUGAACCUGAAACAUUGAGCUCAAAUAUUAGCAUGUUCACACUGGGAUUCUUCAGUCCGAAGAAUUCAACAAACCGCUAUGUGGGAAUUUGGUUUUUGUCUGAAUCCAAUGUUGUUUGGGUAGCUAAUAGAAACAACCCACUAAGAGAUUCUUCGGGAAUUCUCACAAUAUCAGAGAAUAAUGGCAAUCUUGUUGUUUUGGAUGGGCAAAAACAGAUUUUAUGGUCAACAAAUGUCUCAAGUAUUGCAUCAAAUUCCAGUGCUCAGCUCUUGGAUUCUGGCAACCUUGUACUAGUAGAUGGUAUUACUGGAUCUACGGUGUGGCAGAGUUUCGAACAUCCUUGUGACACAUUAUUACAAGACAUGAAACUUAGUACUAAUCAACACACAGGUGAGAAAGUGAGGCUUACAUCAUGGAAAAGUGCAUCUGAUCCAUCCUCUGGAGAAUUUUCCUGCGGUCUCGAACCUCGUAAUGUUACAGAAAUAUUCGUGUGGAAAGAAAAUCAUCCUUAUUUUCGAAGUGGUCCCUGGGAUGGCGUAAACUUCCUUGGGAUACCUAGGACAAUUUCAUCUAACUCCCAAACUGGGUUCCAAUUGAAAGGAGAACAAGGGAGUUUCAACCUAUCUUUUUAUUCAGACAAGUCCCUCUGGAGUUUUACGUUAAAUUCUCAGGGCAAAGUUGAACAACGGCUCUGGAAUUCCCAGACCAAUGCAUGGGAUCUUCGGAGGAUAAUGUAUUCUUCAGAUUGUGAUGUUUAUGGCAAAUGUGGCCCAUUUGGGAUUUGUGAUUUGCAGAACUCUCCAAUUUGUAGCUGCUUGAGAGGGUUUGAACCAAAGAACAAAGAAGAAUGGGCAAGGCAGAAUUGGACCAAUGGGUGCGUGAGAAGAGAGGCACUUCAGUGUGAAAGAGACAAAAAUGAUUCUCAAGCCAGCAACAUAGAUGGGUUUUUUAUGGUGGAGAAAGUAAAAGUACCAGGUGAGGCACAGGUGUUACCUUCUUAUGUUGAGGAUCCUGAAGAUUGUCAAAUUUCAUGCCUCAAGAAUUGCUCUUGUAAAGCUUAUGCCCAUGAAAGAAACCUUGGAUGUAUGAUUUGGAAUACAGAUUUACUUGACAUGCAAAGCUUACCAGAUGGAGUAGAUGUUUACAUACGCUUAGCCAACUCAGAACUAUGUAUAUAUCUUAAUUAAAGAAAGCU